AUGACCUCAAAACAAGGUCGCCGGAGGCGGUCCAGCAGUAUUAUCUACCAGGAGCCGGCCGAGUCUAUUGAGCACACCAGUGAUCAGGCCGCGUUGCCAAAUUUGAAUGCAAACUGGGUGAAUGCCAAGGGUGCCUGGACCAUCCAUUUUGUGUGUAUCGCCGCUCUCAAGAUUUUUUACGACAUCAUCCCGGGCGUCUCGCAGGAAACUUCAUGGACCCUCACCAAUAUCAGCUACAUGUUCGGAUCCUUCCUCAUGUUCCAUUGGGUGCGGGGCAUCCCAUUCGAAUUCAACGCCGGUGCCUAUGACAAUCUCAACAUGUGGGAGCAGAUCGACAACGGUGACCAGUAUACACCCUCUAAGAAGUUCUUGCUCUGCGUGCCUAUCGUGCUUUUCCUCCUCAGCACUCACUACACCCAUUUCGAUUUGACCCACUUCACCAUCAACUUCCUAGCCACAUUGGGAGUGGUUAUUCCCAAGCUACCAUUCUCGCAUCGGUUGCGAAUAGGUCUCUUCUCCGAUAUACCCGAGGAGUCAUAG